AUGGUCCGUCUCCAUGCUCUCUUGAGCAUCUUGCCUGCACUGGCUGCAGCGCAGAUGCCACAGUAUGGACCUGCUUUUCCACCAACUCCAGCUCGCCCAGUGCUCCCAUCUAGCGCCAAUUACGCUCCAAGCGUGACGCCGAACGUGUUGGAUGUGACAGCGCCAGAUUCCCAGAAGCUUUGCCCAGGGUACAAAGGCUCCAAUGUCAAAGAGAGCGAUGGCGGCGUCACCGCAGACUUGACUUUGGCUGGACCAGCAUGCAACACAUAUGGAAACGAUAUCCACGAUCUGCUCCUUCAAGUCGAGUAUCAAGCCAAGGAGCGUCUGGCGGUCCGCAUAUAUCCAAAGACACUUGUGCCGAGUAAUCAGUCCUUGUACCUUUUAUCUGGAGAUUUGACGCCAUUGCCAGGCCGAGAAUCAGGCUGCACGAAGACCAGCAGCGACCUUGUCUUCAAGUGGAGCAAUGACCCCAGCUUUCAGUUCCAAAUCGCCCGACAGAGCAGCGGCGAAGUCAUAUGUGAUACCUACGGCAGCAAGAUUGUGUUCCAAGACCAAUUCUUAGAGCUGACAACCUCGAUGGUUCCAAACUACAAUAUCUACGGGCUGGCAGCUUACAUCCACAGCUUUCGCUUGGGCAACAACUUUACGCAGACCUUCUGGAAUACCUACAAUCUCGAUAAUGACCAGGAAAUUGACGUUAACGGCCAUGAUACACAUCCCGUGUAUUUGGAGACCCGCUACGCAAAUGGAUCCUCUACUUCUCACGGGGUGCAGUUUCGACUCUAUUUCUUGAGUGGAUCUACACCGAAGAAGGUGAUCAGUCAAUAUCACACUGGUAUCGUCGGUACUCCAUACUUGCCGGCAUAUUGGAAUCUGGGCUUCCAUCAGGUCCGAUGGGGAUACCAGAACUGGACCAAUCUUCAGGAUGUCAUUGAUCUAUACGCUGAACAGAACAUUCAGCUGGAAGGCAUCAUGAAUGAUCUGGACUACUUGAAGGUGAAUCGGAUCUUCUCCAACAACCCUGGCCACUACGACAUCCAGCAAGGGAAAGCGUUCUUGGACAGGCUGCAUGCGAACGGCCAAUACUACAUGCCUAUACUCGAUCCCAACGUGUACGUGCCCAACCCUGCCAAUGCGACCGAUGCGUACGAAGUUUAUGAUCGAGGCGCCGCGGAGAUACAAAGGUUCCAUGAAGUCCUCGACUUCGAUGGGUUCUGGCUCGAUGUGAACGAUGCCAACUCCUUCUGCACUGGAAGCUGCGGCGAAGAGAUGCUGAACCAGAAUCCCAUCCAUAUCCCGUUGCCAUUCCCCGGCGACCCAGAUAGCGCCGUCGCUGUAGACUACCGAUAUCCCGAGGGCUUCGAGGUUACCAAUGCCACUGAGGCAGCCUCUGCGAGCGCGGCCAUUGCAUCACAAUCAGCCUCUUAUCCUACGCCAGCGGUCACUCCAACUCCUGUAUUGGGCCGCACACUCCCAACACCUGGCGUGCGUAAUCUCAACUUUCCACCAUACGCCAUCAACAACUUCCUCCCGGGCCACUCUUUGGUCAAGCAAGCCAUCUCGCCAAACGCAACCCACAACAACGGCCCCUUCAACAGCACCGAGUACGAGCUGCAUAAUUUGUACGGCCAUACAAGUGGCAAUGCGACAUACAAUUCUCUGAAGACUCUGUACGGUGGUAAGAGGGCCUUCUUCGUCUCGCGGAGCACUUUCGCGGGUAGUGGGCAAUUCGCUGGCCACUGGGGCGGCGAUACCAACUCGAAAUGGGGUAAUAUGUACUUCGGUAUUGCUGAGGCGCUGCAGUUCUCAAUCGCCGGAAUUCCAUACUUUGGCGUCGAAACCUGCGGCUUCAAUGGCAACGCCGACAAGGACCUUUGCACCCGGUGGAUGCAACUCAGUGCCUGGUACCCAUUCUAUCGCAACCAUAACAAUCGCAACUCAAUCGCACAGGAGGCGUAUCGGUGGGCAGACACCGCAGAGUCCACCAGAAGAAUUAUGAACAUCCGAUACGCCCUCCUGCCCUACACAUACACUCUUUUCCACCAGGCGAACACCAUGGGCGAGACCGUACUACGAGCACUUGCUUGGGAAUUUCCAGCAGAAGCAUCUCUGGCUGCGGUCGAAACGCAGUUCAUGUCCGGGCCAGCCAUCCUUGUGACGCCCGUCCUGGAGCCCUCGGUCACUACUGUUCAGGGGGUUUUCCCUGGCGUGGGAUCAGGCACUGUUUGGUACAACUGGUACUCUUAUGCAAAGGUGGAUGCUCAACCUGGCGAGAACAAGACGCUUGACGCUCCGCUGCUGCACCAGCCAAUUCAUAUCAGGGGCGGUUAUAUUAUUCCCACGCAGAAGCCUGGCAACACCACCAAAGCCUCGCGAACGAAUCCUUGGAGCUUGAUCGUUGCCGCAGAUCCAAAGGGACAGGCUGAGGGCACUCUGUUUCUCGACGAUGGUAUCAGCCUCGUGCAGCAAGCCACCAAGGAGGCUGACUUCCGGUUCGCGAACAGCACCCUCUAUGCGAAGGUAUCCGGGAAGUACGAGGAUAAGAACCCUCUCGCCAACGUAACGAUUGCUGGACUGAGCACAGUCCCCAAAGCAGUCUGCGUCAGCUCAGGAGGUCAGGUGCAGAACAGCCGUGGUGUCAAGACCCGUACCGAUGGUAAUGCACUUUACAUUACGGAUUUGGAGAGUGUGACCAGAGGAGGAGCCUGGAAUGGUAAUCUUGUCAUUUCCUUACUGUCGACAAAGGCCGGCUGUGGCGGUAGUGCGGGCAAAGUGGUCAUUUGA